GAUUGGCCAAUCAAACACAGCCUCGUCCUCUGACAGUGGUGAACCCAGUGAUGUUCUGUCAUUCAGCACUGCAACUUCAACAAUAUGACAGCUUCAGGGUCCUUUGUCCGUCUGACAAGUUUAUUCUUGUGGAGUAUAGUUCAGCUGACAAGUCUCACACCUUCAUCAUCUGUUGAUCAGUGGAGUUUUCUAUCCGUUAACGUUGGUGACAAUGUCACUUUACCAUGUUUUUAUAAAGAUGAUGUUGCUGUAAGACUUUUCUGGUAUAAACAACACAUGGGGCAGAAACCAGUGCUCAUCUCUACCUUUUUUAAAUACAAUGUGGAUGUAAUUUUUAAUGGUGAAUUCAACAGAAAUCCACGUUUCAUAUUGGAUCAUGAAAAUGGGAAAAAUGACCUGAAAAUCAUAAAUGUACGUGCUUUAGACUCAGCUAACUACUACUGCUUGAGGUACUUUUCCAAUGAACUUGAAUUCUUAGCGACCAUUACUGUGGUUGUAAUGAAUUCAGAUUUAAUCAUGCCAGCCCUGGUGCAUCAGUCAGUGUCUGGGAGCAUCCAGCCAGGAGGCUCUGUGACUCUGAACUGUACAGUACAAACUGGGAACUGUGAUGGACAACACAGCGUUUACUGGUUCAAAGACUCUGGAGAAGCUCAUCCAAGAGUCAUUUACACCCACGGAGAGAGAAAUGAUCAGUGUGAGAGGAAACCAGACACACGGACACACACCUGUGUCUAUAACGUACAGAUAAAUCAUGUGGAUCGUUCUGAUGCUGGGAACUACUACUGUGCUGUCGCCUCAUGUGGACACAUUCUGUUUGGAAACGGGACCAAGCUGGAUUUUAAGGAUGAAGGGAGUGACCAUGUAUGGGUGUAUGUUUUGAGCGGAGCUCUGACCUUCACCACCCUAGUGGUUGUUAUAUUGACCUUUCUUUACAAGACAAAGAACUUUCACACUACAGAGACCCAGACAGCAAUUUCAGCUCCCUCCACAACUAAGCCAGAGAUUUACGAUGAUGAUGACCUUCAGUAUGCAGCUGUUAGCGUUAACCUGUCCACCAGAUCAAGGACACAGAGGAACAAUAUGCCUAGUGAAUGUGUCUACUCCAGUAUGAAGCAGUAGAAUAUUAUUACCAAACGAGUCAGGUCAAGUUUACCUCGAGACCAUACAGUCUUCAAAGUCUUCGAAAUGUAGAUCUUAAGAUAAACAUCUCGUCUAGCUUUGAUGUGGUAAACGGUGUAAUGCACAACAUGAAGGAGGUAAAACAUUCAUGUCAGCAAUUCUGUGAUGACGAUACCAAUGUUUUCAAUUACAAUGUAAAAGAUGCUAUUCUUUCACUUUGUGUUUCUUGAAUGUUUGGCUUUUAUUCUUAACUACAGUAUUAUCAUGAAAUAAAUGAUGUCAAUACGCUCAA